GCAAAUCUGUGAGAAAGUGACCAGCCACAAAAGUUGUUUUAAGAACGAAUCUCCACUUUCCGAAAGACCGGAGAAGCAGUCAGCCUAGAAGACUGGCAGUAUACAGUGGACAGUCUUUAAAGAGCUUCAGCUCCUUGGAUCAGAAAUACUUCAAGCAUUGCUUGCAGCUUAACUGAAAUAUUUUCACUCAUAGUGAAUAAACUUUGUCAGUUGAGGUUUAGCAUUAAUCUUUAAACAACUGGAAACUGCUCACAACACCACAGAUCCAAGAUCAGUUUGAUAAAUGGUUUUAGUUAAUUGCUUGGGUAUCUGAUGGCAUAGUUGGCAAAAUGAAGAACGGUCAACUGUGACUUCAUUGUCACACAUAGGUGCCGAAAUAGUUUUUAUUUGGUUUCAUCCACAGCUGAUGUGGCCGUUGAAUGAAGUACAUCAGAACCUUGCAGACGCGUCCUCGCUGAAUUACUACCAUCAAUGUUACCGGGGUGACUUUGUCAAAACUUGCCCAAAAGCCAUUUUGGUUGAGUGUCCAUGUUUAUACAAGCCAGCAAGGCCUGUUGGGUCCCUCCUGGAGCUUCUGUGUCUAACAUUAAACUGCUUAUGUGGCACUAUUCUUCCAGCUUCCAGCUCCGUGUCAAACGUGGCACGUGAUUUAUCACCUUUUAAAGACCACUUUAAUGAUUUCUCCAUCCCACGCACUCCUAUGACGUCCACACAACUCUUCCAAUCAGAGGUAUAGCUUCCUAAAUCCCUGAAGCCCCAUUGGCCAGGCUGCUGGCUGUACAAAACCAAUCCCAGUGCUACUACCAUGUGAUGCACCUUUUGUUUUUAAUGAUCAAGCUGCUGUUUAAAAAUGCUGGCCUCCAAACUCACGACCCAGUAGGCUCAGUAGAUGGGCCAAGUUGAUGGGACCCACCACACUCCCUGCCCAGCUUGAGUUCAACUGGUCCAACUUAGUCUCCUGCAGAGCAGGAAAGUUGAAAAUGGAAAAAUCAAGACUGAUUGUCAUCACUGGAGUGCUGCUCGCUACCUCCCUGUUACCAGAGACCCUCUGGGCUGGUCCGGUCGGGAAGCAUCUGAGGGAUGGACAUGCUGGAGAUGCAGCCAGUGAGGGACAGGCCUCCAGGAAAGCCGUGUCAGGGAAUCCCCUUCGCAGCAGGAGGAGUGCCAACAGCCCAGACUUCUGGACUUGGUACAAAUUCUUCAUGGAUACCGGGAAUCAACAGGGAGUACAGGACUUUGACCGCCUUUACCAGCUCUACCUGCAGAACCAGCACCGUGUGGAGGGGGGUCGCUCUUUCGGCCACUACCUGCAGCACCUGAGGGCGAUCUACAGAGCCUGCUCCGAAUCGGACGACCCCGACUGCGUCCGGGAGCACACCAGCAAACCCACAGCCCAGAUGGUGAUGCCCUGGGUGGCUCCGCUCGGGGCAUGUGACCCGUAUCUCGAUCCUUACUGCCUGUUCGGCGGCACGACCCCGAAGGCCAUAAACCCGGAGCCGGCAGCCGGAGCCAAAACGCCACUGCCGCUCUACAUGCCUGCGUUCCCGCUGUCUGCCAAAGCUCCUGCCGGCUACUACUCCUCUCCGGUCCUCCACCCCUACCUCACCGCCCAGCAGCAGGAGGAGCUGCUGCGUAUCUGUAACCCCUCCGACGUCGAGUGUCUGCAUUACCACCUGCGUGCCGCCUAUGGUUACACACCAGUCGCCAGUCCAUUCCUGUCCUACAGUCAGUCGCCAUCUGGGUUGUACCACCUGUACCCGACGUGCGAUCCUGACCGCGACCCUUUCUGCCUCCCACCUCCGUCCCAGCCGGCCAGGAACCCUGGGGAUGGAAGCCCCGCCUCCAGCAUGACCUGUGACCCUAGGUACGACCCAUACUGUCUUCUCACCGCCCCUGCCGCCCUUGGCUGGAUGGGCCAGCUCCAGCAGCCAUGGCACCGGCCGGGCACCAGGGGGAAGACGAAGGAGGGCUACGAUUGCUACCUGUUCUACGACAAGGAGUGCUACCCGCUGGGCGCCGAGCCCGGCUGCCACCCCUACGACCCGAACUGCAGGAAGCCGCCCCAGCCCGCCAACCUCGUCGCAGGCGGCAGAUCCGCCGGCGACGUGAUGGAGCCUCACCCCGACUGCGACCCCGAGUACGACUACAACUGCCGCCUGCGCCGGUACCAGCCCAGAUCUGACAGCAAAGCCAUGCAGAAGGAUGAACCUGACCAUGGAGAGACCAAGCAGGAGGCCCAAAGCGAUGACCCAUUCCAGGGUGGACACGGGGAACCCAAAUCAGACCAGCACCUCACCCAAUCCUUCAAAGAGUUCCUGAAGGAGAACGCUCACCAGUAACACCAGAUACGGGUCACAUGCUUUCAUUAAUCUUUAUUCCAGGAGCAGAACAAGACAUCAGGGGAAAUAAGUGAUCUUCUGUGUGACUCCACAUGCAUACAAUGGUUGAAACAAUGUUUCCCUGAAUUCCCUCAUUAUGCCUUUGUAAGCACUCACACAAAAUGUCAGACAGAUGUAUGCGUGAAAUCUUCACAUUGCCCUGAAAUUUUACCAUUUAUUAUUCCCAUAAUUUAGUGUUUUAAAUACAAUGGGUGACACUUAAAUUGGGUUCAAUCAGCUUAUUUUUUUAACUUCUGUUAUGUUGGGUAUUAAUUCCAUGAUUGUUUUCUUAAAAUUGAUCCUUUAUCCAUCUGUACCUCAAAAUCAUGUGUCAGUUUGAAAUGUGAUAA